AUGUCAUGUCAUCGGCACCCGGACCUGCGCAAAUCCACAGCAAAAGCAGUCUCGCCGUCACGUAAAGGGGCCACCAGUCCACCUUCCGGUUUUUACCACUGGAAUCCCCACAGUGCCGCAUACGACUCCGCCGGUGUAACGGCCCUGUUCCAAGAGUCGAGCCAGAGAGGGAGAGAGAGCGAAGGAGGAGCUCGGAGGAGGAGCAGGAGCAGGCUUGUGGCUUGUGGCUAUGGCGGAGGAUCCGGAGCUGGAGGGGAGGUGAAACAUGCGAGCCGAGAAAAGGUUGUCUGCUCCGCCACGUCAAGGCCGAAAAGGGAUGUCGGUCGAUCGGAGCGAAAUGCGAUGGAGUUGUCUGACAGAUGCAUGCACCUGCCGAUGCGACGCCUCCAUUCCUCGGGCGGGUCCGGGGGAGUCGCCGCAAGGGACCAUCGAAGGUCGGACCUUGGCUUGAGUGCGGGAGCGAAAUGUAACUGUGCGCUCGGGGAGCCAUUUCUCGGGGCAGGGAUUGAUUGA